AUGUGGCCGCCAUGUGAUAAAACGGGGAAGAAAAAGGGGUAUUUCGUUGGAACCUCCGAACAUAAAAAAGUCCACAAAAAGUUUAGGCUUAAUGCAGUUCAAAAGAUAUGUCGUUGGAUGUAUGAUGCGGAUAUUGCAUUCAAUGUUGUGAAGUAUGAUAGUUUUGGGCCCGCACUUGAAGCGGUUGCUCUACAUGGUUGCGGUGAAUAUUUGUUCAAAUUGUUUGACCACUUCAUAAAGGAUAGUGCUAGCUUAGCCGGUCGAUUUGUAGAAGAAAAAUAUCCACAUAUUUAUUGGACUCCGUGUGCGGCGCAUUGCAUCGAUUUGAUGCUUGAGGACAUAUUUAAAUUGCCUCAUCUAAAAAAGACACUUGAUAGAGCAAUUGCGGUCAAUAGUUACAUCUACAAUCGUACCUUGCUCUUGAAUAUGAUGAGAGAUUUCACGGGCCAAAGAGAUAUGGUUAGACCCGCAAAUACCCGGUUUGCAACCGCCUUCAUAACUUUGAAUUGCUUUAGAAACCAUAAGAAAAAUUUGAAGAAGAUGUUCGCAUCUGAAGCAUGGAACAAAAGCAAGUUCCCGGGCGAGGCGGGAGGAGGAGGAAGUCAAACGGUCAAAACUAUAUUUUCUCCUAAUUUUUGGACCAAUAUAGAUAUUGCGGUCAAAGUUGCCAUGGCUAGAGCAAGGGAAAGAAUUGCCUCGUCUUUCAACAACAAAGAAGACAAGUGUAAACAAAAUUUUGAAAUAAUCGAUAAGAGAUGGAAUUGUCAAGUACACCAAGAUUUGCACGCGGCUGGAAACUAUUUGAAUCCGGGAUUAUAUUACAACAACCCGAGCGUGGAAGAUGAUAGUGAGGUGAUUACGGGAUUGAUGGCAUGCAUACAUAAGUUGUCAUUGUCGAAAGAGGAUGAGUUGAAGAUUCACACCGAGUUACCUAUAUAUAGAGGUGCACAAGGGAUUUUUGGGAUUCCGAUGGCUAAAAGAAUGAGAUCAAUGCUUUCACCGGCGGAGUGGUGGAUGCAAGAUGGAUCGUCCGCACCUACACUUAAGAAGUUUGCUAUUAAGGUGUUAAGUCUUACAUGUAGCUCAUCGGGGUGUGAACGUAAUUGGAGAGUAUUUGAACAACUCCAUUCCAAAAAAGAAACCGACUUGAAUGACAAAAACUAA